UUUUCUUGGGAAAAAAAGUGUUUUGUAGAGAGACUAAUUUAUGCAAUGGAAAAAUAGGAUAGUAAAAUAAAAAUGAGGUAGGAUAUGUGAAAUAUUUCCUUCAGAAACUCUUGAAAAUGUUUAAAAACUUUGAAAUAGCCAAUAUUACUGGGAGCAUGUCAAUAUAAACACUCGGUAGGUGGUGUUGACAAAAAUAUCGCGAGAUUUGUGAAUAUACCGGUACCGUGGAGUCACCGGUAUCAUGGGGUUCGAGUAUAUUAGGAAGUGGCUAGCCGUAUAGCCAAAAGUUCUAGCAAGGCCACACUGUAUUGGCUACUGUAGAUGUACGGCAUUUUCAAAAUUAUAUGGAAGUCGAAAAUGCAUAUGUUAUUUGAUGACUUUAAGUGAGGAUUUUAACCAAGAAACAGCAAUUGUCUUCGUAUGUUUACUUUUUAGAGGUUAAUCGCCUUGUUGGCUACAGUAAAAAAAGUACGAAUAUCUAUCUUUGUCAUCUAAAGACGUUGAGAAAAAAUAGCGUUUGGUCGCAGUUAAACAACAUCAAUUGAAAUAGUUUACAGGGGUUGACACUAACUUUUCAGCCAGGAAUCCCAACGGGACAUCUGUUUUUGAAUUCAAAAGUCCCUUCCCUAAGUUGGAAGUCCCUGAUUUUUUUUAUAUAAUUUUAAGAAUAAAGCAAUAACCUUUGUCUAUCAAAAUUGAUGUGCAACUUAUUUUUAUUGUUCUUUCGUUCUACUUUUUGGGAUGUUGAUCAUAGCCAGGGCCUUUUUACCCUUCUUUGGUGUAGCCGGUAUCCGGCUACUUCCCCAACCCAAAUAGCUAUCUUUUUCCCCAAAAACAUGUCUUAAAUUCCCCUCCUGGCGCAGAUUUCCCCAUUAAAUUGUAAGUUAGAUCGAAGCGUAAAAAUUUGUAAACAAACUUUUUCGUGUAAAAAUAGACCGCUGUUUUGUCCAAUAAAAGGUAUGAUUCAUUUCGCAACUAGAGGGAUGCCUUAAUUCAAUGCAUUGGCUGUUUACUCGUAGCCUCGGUCUGAUAUGGCAAUUUUCAAAAAACAACAAGGGGAAAAAUCGCCGGCCUCGUUCUGGCAUAGGUGUCAUCAAUCGCAACUUUUCGGCCCUUUCCUAUUGAGCUGUUAUAACCGAAGAUAUUCCGAUUAACGCAUCAUUUUUACGACAUGACGACAUGAUUGCUGAUUUACGUUAGUGUAAACAAUGUCGCACAAUUGGCGAGCGUACAAGAAGAAAAUAAGAGCGAAUGAUGCUCGUAGUACUGUAACUUUGACAAAUUAUUUUAAAAAGGGAAGAUUUGAUGACCAAGCUGUGAGUUUAACACCUUCUACAGCACCUAUUAUAACAUCUAAACCCACUGAACCGAAGUCCAGCGCAAAUGACCCUGCUGUUGCUACUGCUACUAGUGCUAGUGUAUCUCCUAUAUUAUCCAGCAGUCAAUGUACUCCCCCUGAACAGGAGCUCAGCAUAAAUAAUAUUGAUAAAGCUGGAACUGACAGCACUUUAUCUUCUGAGCAUGACCUGCGUAGAUUUUCUGUUGGGAAAUACGAGUCAAAAUUUUCCUGGCUGUAUUACAGUGGAACUCAAAAGGGUUAUAUUUGCAAGUAUUGUGAGUUAUUUGCCCCUAAACUAAACAAAUCCACGCCAUACAUAACAUGUGGUGCAGUUCUUGGGCAACACCCUACAAGACGUCUUGAAAUUCAUGAGAAGAGUCAAUCACAUAAAAACAGUUUAAGCAGAUACACCUCAUCAUUAUGUAAUGUAAAUAUUGCAAGAACUGUUAUGCAGACCCAUACCACAUCUGAAGAUGCACUUAUUGCCAAAAAUAGGAACUAUUUGAAAAAAUUGUUUAAAACCUGUGGAUUCAUGAUAAAAAAAAAAAAUGGGCUCUUUCUGAAAACUUCAAAGAUGUUGUCCAGUUUAUGGGCACAACUUGUGACCCAGACAUUGUAGAUAUUUUCAGCGGGAACACCACAUAUACAUCUAGUACAUCAGUCACAGAAAUAAUUGGUAUUCUUAGUGACUACCUUGAAAAUAAAUUGUUGACAGAUCUUCGUGGGAAAAAAUUUACUUUACUUGCUGAUGAGAGUACAGAUCAGGCAAACCGUACACAGCUUUCAGUCUUUGCUCGUUGGGUAGGGAAUGGAGAAGUAAAGGAAUCAUACAUGGGUCUCAUUAAUGUAGAAAGAACGAGUAGUGCAGCCCUGAUGGAUGGUAUCCGUGUAUUUUGCUUAGGCAAAGGCAUUGAACUGCGCAACAUCAGAUUUGUUGGCUUGGAUGGGUGCAAUGCAAUGAGCGGUGAAAAUAAAGGUCUACAGAAAAGAAAACGGCAUGAAAACCCACUGUCGAUAUAUGUCAAUUGUCGUAAUCACCGCCUUGCCUUGUGUCUGGUCCAUAUGGUUAAAAAAGAAACCAGGAGUUAGAAGAAGUUGACCGUGUUUUGCUAGGCAUAUAUAAGAUGUUUCACUAUUCGCCAAAAAAAGCAGCCGUGUUC